AUGUCGACAGGCAACCACCCCUACUUCCCUCCAGAGAUCGUCCUCUCGGGUGGCGUCUUUGUUGAAAACGACUGGAAUGUGUUCACACUGAUCGCCAUCUUCGGCGCAGGAUGGCUAGCCAUAAUGGCCGUCACCUUGCUGUUUGUCCAAAGAGUCAACCCUAAGCUGAGCAGCAGCGACAGAUGCCUGGUCUUAUGGUUUACUCUUUGCGGCUGCAUCCACAUCUUCUUCGAGGGCUACUUCAUCUACAACCACCACCGCAUGGCCUCCAUGACCGACUUCUUUGGCCAGCUGUGGAAAGAAUACGCCCUCUCUGAUUCCCGCUACAUGACAUCCGACCCUUUCGUCUUAUGUAUGGAAUCCUGGACCGCCCUCAUCUGGGGCCCCCUCUCGCUCUUAACCGCCCAUCACAUAACCACCUCUUCCCCGUACCGGCACCCGCUCCAAGCCCUCGUCUCCACGGGCCAUUUCUACGGCGCCUUGCUCUACUAUUGCACCAGCCUCUAUGAAGAUUUCUUCCGAGGGGAGCGGUACUACCGGCCCGAGGGGUAUUAUUUCUGGUUCUACUUUGUCGGUAUGAACGGCGCUUGGAUUGUGAUUCCGUUGGCGUGUUUGCUGGGGAGCAUGAGGGCGGUGGGGAGGGCGUUUGAGGUUCAGGGGGCCAUUGGGCGGGGGUUGGAGGAGGUGGAGAUGAAGAAGAGGUCUCUCACACCUUUCUCAACCUUCCGCACUGGCACGUCCGACGAAGGGCUCGUCCCGCUUGCUUCUCCUGCCCCUCAGGCUCUAAGAGUCCUCGAAAAUGUCACUGCUACCUCCCUCAAUACGGACGGCAUAUGGCUCUCUGCUUCUUCCAUCGACCAAGACAAUGACUCGAUAAAUCAUCGUGUCCCAGAGGAGCUUUCUUCGUCGGCGCAGCCAGCCAUUUACAACGAAACGAUACUGACCAUAUGCGUAUCAAGCAAAGUCUGA